AUGGCCGGAGCUUGCUGCAAGUGUCCAGUGUCUCUGUCGGUGCUGAAGCGCUCCCUCUCGGUGACCCAGCGGGGCUCCGGGUCCGCUCCACGCUCCCUCCUGCAGGGCGGGAGGCUGGGGGAGCGGGGCCUGCAGGGCUGCUGGGCCGCCCGACCCUCCAGCGCCCUCAGACCCGCAGGCUCCUACCGACACCCUGCCUUUUUCUGCAUCUCUUGCCAGGAGUCCAUGAGUGAGAGCCUGCGGACGUGCUACCGGUACUUAAAUCAGACCAGCAGGAGCUUCGCAGCUGUCAUCCAAGCGCUAGACGGAGAGUUGAGACAUGCAGUUUGUAUCUUCUACCUGGUGCUGCGGGCACUGGACACAGUGGAGGAUGACAUGAGCAUCCCGCUGGAGAAGAAGGUACCCAUGCUGCAUGACUUCCACACCUACCUGUACCAGGCUGAGUGGUGCUUCACAGAGAGCCAGGAGAAAGACCGGCAGGUCCUGGAGGAUUUCCCCACGAUUUCCUUGGAGUUCAGAAACCUCGGUCAGGAAUACAGGGAUGUCAUCUCAGAUAUCUGCCAUCGUAUGGGAAUGGGGAUGGCAGAAUUCCUGGAGAAGAAAGUGGGAUCCAUGAAGGAGUGGGACCAGUACUGCCAUUAUGUGGCAGGGCUGGUGGGCAUUGGCCUGUCGCAGCUGUUCUCUGCGUCCCAGCUGGAGGACCCCGAGGUGGGCCGGGACACCGAGUUGGCCAACUCUAUGGGUCUGUUCCUGCAGAAGACCAACAUCAUCCGAGACUAUCUGGAGGACACACUGGAGGGACGUGCCUUCUGGCCACAAGAGGCAUGGAGUCAGUUUGCAAGUCGCCAGGAGGAUUUAGCCCAGCCAGAGGAGCUGGAAUCGGCUCUGUCCUGUCUCAACCUCCUAGUAACUGAUGCUCUGCGUCACGUCCCAGAUGUUAUUUCCUACUUGAGCCGCCUGCGCAACCAGAGCGUCUUCAAUUUCUGUGCCAUUCCACAGGUGAUGGCGAUAGCUACCCUGUCAGCGUGCUACAACAACCCCAUGGUGUUCCAGGGAGUUGUGAAGAUCAGAAAGGGACAGGCUGUCACACUCAUGAUGGAAGCCACCAACAUGAGAGCUGUGCAGAGCAUUAUCACUCAGUAUAGCCAGGAGAUUCUGCAGAAAGUCUCCCUCACAGAUCCAUCCCGGGAAAAGACCCUGCACAUCCUGGCACUCAUCAGAGAGAAGUCGUCCCUUUCGCAGUCCAGUGUCCCCUCCAGGAGCCACCACCUCUCCCCCAUGUACCUGUCUGCUGCCAUGCUGCUCGCAGCGCUCAGCUGGCAGUACCUCAGCACCACCGCAGCACAAGCACAGGGCACCGGUGACACGCAGGGACACUGAGCCCUGCUCUUCCCUUCCUCAUUCACUUGUCCCUGGGAACACUGACUGAGAAAGCCCCUCUGCCCUUCACCACUCUGGAGCUCUGGUUCUCUUCUGGCUGGGAAGAAGCUCAAUGUGGAGCACUUUGCCCCUGUUUUCAGCCCCCUUUUUGUUACAGCCUGUACUGGCCUACACUAUGGAGGGGCUCCUGGUUUCAGACUGGUGUUCCUUGUUUGUUUGGUAGUGAUUUGCAGUAGUCCAUCUUGCAUCUGGAUAUUUACACACAUUGUUGUGUGGUUAUAGUCAUCAGGAUAUGGCACAUUGCAGCAAUUCAGGGUGUUUUAUUGUUUGAUGCUGAUGUUGGUCUUGUGUUGUUUUUUUUCUUUCUAUUUUUUGGGUUUAUUUUUAAAGAUUAUGUCAGAAGAAAAACUUACCUCCGCACAUGCAGUUCUCAAUUCGGGUUUAAUGACUUUUCUCCUUCAUGGAUAUUUUUUUAAUGUAAGAUUUUUUUUCUUCUGACAUAGACAAUCAAGAGGCUGCUUUACCUCCAGCACCACAACAAACAAGGCUUUUUGGAGUGUGCAUGUUGCUCUUUCCCUCUUUUUUUACUAUUCAACCCAUAACAUUUACUGAUUGAAAUGAAUCAAGAUAUUCCAAAGUGUCUUCACUUUGUCAGGUAAAAUGUCCUUUGAAGCUACCAAAUUUCUAUUUUAUCUUUCUUUUUUAUGCAACUUCAUUGCAGUUCAAGACCCUGAACAUUUUGAGAUAUUGAGGAGUUUUCUUCUUUUCCUUCUUCCAUUUGUUGUAUGGUGUGUUGAUCCAUUUAAGAUGAGAAUAAGAGCAACAGUGCACUUUGUAGCAGUUUUAGUACCACCUACACAAUACAGGAUACCUGAUGUGGACCGGAUGUGUCAGCAAGUUUCUGUCUUUGUUUCUCUUUCAUCUCUUUCUACUUGGAAAGAUUAUAAAAAACAAAGAACAGUAGAAUUCUAAGUGUUUCAUUUGACUAAGGCUGGGUUGCACCAACAAGGAUUUAUUUUACCUCUUAAUCCCUAGGCCUCUGGCUCAGACCCCUGCUCCAAAAUGAAAUGCCCAAAAUGAACACAGUAUAUAUUUCCAAUUAGAAGACCUAUAUGAAUAAUCUUGAUAUCAUAAUAAACCACUGUGAGAUUUUUGCAUAGGUGUAAGCAUGACAUGCUCAAUCAGUUGCCUGAUGUUUGACUUGGGUUUCGUUCAGGUAGAAAUGGUUAUGCCAGGCUACUAGUUGAGCUUCCUCUGGUCAGAACAGAGGAUGUCACAUGACUAUGUUCCCAAAUGUUAAAUGCCCCGUGAGGCUAGUUUACCCCACCUGUGGGGGACUGUUUUAUCCGAACCAGUGUCAAACCAAGUGAACCUUGCUGGUGCGACGCUGUCUAGGACUGUAAAAUCAGUGUAAAGUAAGAAGAGAGAACAAGGACAUUGAACAUGUGGAAGUGUUCUAAUACAUUUGGCAAAAAAGCAAUGCAUAUUGAGACAGCUAGCAAAGUGUCCUUAAACACAGCUUUGGUGAGUAGAAAGGCUAGUGCAGAGGAACCUUGUACAGAGCCAAAGGAGAGCUACUAUAAACAUUGCUAUGUAAUGUGACGUUUUGAUUUGUAUAUAAUUAAGAAAUAAUAAAGAGGUGAAUGGA